AUGUUCUUGUCUAUGCUGUUAUCGAUAUUAAUCGCACUGGCCGGCGCCUCAAUCGUCUUGGCUGGGGAUGGAGUGGAAAGUCGUAUUAUUGGCGGUACUGCAGUGGACAUAUCCUACGCACCAUAUUUGGUAUCACUGCGCUACAAGCGCAACGCUUCAACACCCUUCGUCCAUCGUUGUUCCGGCACGAUUUACUCGACGCAAGUUGUGCUCACGACUGCGCGUUGCGUUAUCGGCUUGGAGCCUCGACAAUUGCAAAUUGUCGCCGGCAGCAGUUAUAGUUCACAAACCGAUGGCUAUGUUUAUCUCAUCAACUUGAUUCACUUACAUCCGGAUUUUAAUAUUUUCUUUAUCGAUAAUGAUUUGGCGUUGCUACACUUGGAAUUUCCGCUUGCCACAAAUAAUGCGAAGUUGAUUUCGCCGAUCGAUUUGGCAGCGGUUGUGCCAGCUGCUGGCAAUGUGUCAACAGUGGCUGGCUGGGGCUUAACGACUGAGCAGGGUACACAGGCGGACCAAUUGCAGCAAGCGUCAGUGCAACUGUUGGACGAUGCGACAUGCAAGGCGGCGUAUGGUGUGGGACGCAUUAGUGCGGCGAUGUUAUGUGCAGGCGGUGUGAGCACGGCGGGUGUCGCUGUCGAUGCUUGCCAAGGAGAUGCGGGUAGUGCGCUGGUUUAUAACGGCGCUGCUGUGGGCUUAGUGUCAUGGGGAAGUAGCUGUGGACGCGAAGGCUACCCUGGAGUCUAUACGAAUUUGGUGCACUUGAAGGAGUGGAUCGAAAAUGAGGCGAAUUAGUGGUUUCGAGAAAUUGUAAAAAAAAAGU